AUGCCUUCUCACAUCCCCCAUUACAUGCUUCCCACCAUCUCAUCCCAGACUUCUGCAAGGGCCGCCACCCGAGCAGUCGUCGCCCCCGUGUCUGCUAAUGUGCGUUCCAAGCAGAUUACAGGUCCUGUCAAAGCCCUCCCCCCCAGGCCAGCCCCUCGUCCUACCUCGUCCGCCCUUCCUGCCGUUGCUAGCAAGUCAACUUUCUCGGCUCGCCAGAAAGCUCUGAAGCCCGUCGCCCCUCGUCCAUCCGCCCUUACCGCCGCCGAUCGUAACCGUCUCAAGCACCUGGCCCCGGCCGUGCAGGAAGAACUGGCAAAGGCUCGUGAAGUCCACUGCGGAGAAAUCCGUAAGGCUUGCGAGUAUCGUGUUGCCCACGAGUCGGAUGAUGAGAGUGAGUGCACCGUUUGGGACAUUGCUGACCUUGUCAUGCGUAGUUUCGACUCCGAGUAUGACACUGUCAUCAUUCGUGGUCCCGGCGAGCUUGAAGACGAACGGAUUGCAGAUGCCGAGUCUCUUUCCUUUGUCGAGGUGAGUCCGUCCAUGCUUGGUGACUUUGCUGACUACCCCUACUCUUCCGUUCCUUCCCCUCCUCUUUCGCAGCAGGUCGAAGACGACUUGGUCGUCGCUCUUGAAGAGCUUAAUCUAGAUGAGGUGCGUCUGAUGGGCUUAGGCUCUGAUUCUCUUUUCUCUCCUCUCCAUUCCUCCUUCCUCUCCCGUCAUCCUUCCUUCCUCUUCCUCGAAGACAGUUGAGCUCUCUCUCUGUCCCGUAUCGCU